ACACUAAGACUCACUCUCUCACACACACACACACACACACUAAAGACUCACUCUUUCUCACACACACACACACACACUAAAGACUCACUCUCUCACACACACACAAAGACUCACUCUCUCUACACACACACACACACACACACUAAAGACUCACUCUCUCACACACACACACACACACACACACACUAAAGACUCACUCUCUCACACACACACACACACACACUAAAGACUCACUCUCUCACAGCUGUUUGAAUUGAAUUUGUUGUAACAUCACUUGUGAUAUUGUCAUGUAAACUCAUUGUGUUAGUCUUACAGGCUCUAAAUGUAAAUUGUGGUAUGAAACUUUUAUACAGAUGAUUAAUGUGUGUUAAUGUGUGCAAUAAUUGACACAGAAAUGUCUAAAUGUCCAAGGGCAAUUUUUAUUAAAAUCCUUUCAAUGAUUUCACUGCGUUGAGAAAUAUUUAAAUAUGAUAAUAAAGUAAAAAUAUAUUAGUGCAGUAGUAUAACUAAAAAUAAUUAACAUGGAGCUUGUGUAAAACCUCUUGUAAAUAAAUGAAUGACGUUGUUCGGUUUGAGGACGUCGAAACACCGGAACUGUUUAUUGAAGUUUGAUGUUUCCACUCGGUCCGAUUAAAUGUGACACAGGCUGCACAUGUGUUUGUGAUUCUGUCACCGGUGAGUCAAACAUUAUUUUUGUGGAUGAUUCGCGACUGUAUAUGGAAGUACGUUUUUUUUUUUUACCCGUUCAUAUAAUAUAUACAUAACGUUUAUUAGUUGGCAACUAAUAAAAGGUGUGAGUGUGUCACAGAGAUGCCAAAGACAGGCAGAAGAUUGAAUAAACCUGAUGGACAUGAGGAGGAGGAGGAGAUUUCUGUCAAACAGAUGAAGAUGAUGAAGGCUCCUCUGCACUUUGACUCGCCGCGGGACUUAUUUGAGAGUCUGAUAAGUCCGAUCGGGGUGGAUGAAUUCUUCCAGCAGUUCUGGGAGCGGAAGCCUUUAGUGCUGCACAGAAACGACGCGUCUUUGGCGUCUUAUUACCGCUCACUGUUCCAGCUGUCAGAUCUGCAGCCGCUGUGCACGCGCGGUCUUCAGUACGUCACUGACCUCAAUCUGUGUCGCUGCAUCGACGGCAAGAAGAAAGUGUUGAAUAAAGACGGAAAGGUGAAGUUCAGUCAGCUGAAGAAAGACUUCGAGCAGAAGAAAGCCACGAUACAGUUCCACCAGCCGCAGAGGUUUAAGGAUGAGUUGUGGCACAUUCAGGAGCGGUUGGAGUGUUUCUUCGGUUCUCUGGUCGGUUCUAAUGUUUACAUCACUCCUGGAGGCUCUCAGGGUCUCCCGCCACACUAUGAUGAUGUCGAGGUGUUCAUCCUUCAGCUGGAGGGUCAGAAACACUGGCGGCUUUACGAGCCAACCGUCCGUCUGGCACGCGAGUACAGCCUGGAGUCAGAGGAACGCAUCGGCACCCCCACACAUGACAUCAUACUGCAGGCCGGUGAUUUACUGUAUUUCCCAAGAGGAACAAUCCAUCAGGCUGACACGCCUCCAGACGUGGAUUAUUCCACACACCUCACUCUCAGCACCUACCAAAACACGUCAUGGGGCAACUUCCUGCUCGACGUGUUUCCAAGUUUCUUGUUUGAUUCUAUGACACGUGACGACAGGAUGCGCUCCGGUCUCCCUCGUAACACACUUUCUUCUGUGAGCGUCAGUCCUGAUGUUAAACAGCAGGUGUGUGUGUUUCUGAGGCGUUUGGCUGAUGAUCUCGAGCAGGAACAUCAUGAGUUACGCUGCACAGAUAUGAAGAGAGACUUUAUCUCCAACAGACUUCCACCGUAUCUGCUCGACCAGUCUGAUGUAGAACCAGCUGGGAAACUGCCAUCUCUCAAAGACACUGUAUGUAUCCGGUAUAAAGAGCAUCUUCUUCUAACGGUGGAACCGAGUCAGGACAACACUGAUGAAGCCACACAACUGGUCGUGUUUGUGUUACAUUCUUUAAAGAACAAAAGAGAAACGCACAUGAUGGGAUCAUCUGAUGAUGGUGAUGAAGAAGAAGAGGAGGAGUCCUCACAGUGUCAUGGUCUGCGGUUUCCUUUGACGCAUCUGGCGGCACUAAAGCAGCUUCUGCAGUCGGAGCGCGUCUCUGUUGCGGAUCUGCAGCUGCAGCAGGAUGCGGAUAAACUGGGGCUGCUGCUGGGACUCUGGACAGAAGGAUUGUUGCAUGUCUGUUAAAUAUCUAAAGCACUGUUCACACAGGAAGCAGCACUGCAAGUGUGCCUCAAUCUGCACACUCAGACCCUUGUCCAAACAUUUAGCUGUUUGUGUGUGUGUGUGUGUGUGAGUGGUGUUGUGUGUGUGAGAGUGUUGUGUGUGUGUGUGUGUGUGAGUGGUGUUGUGUGUGUGUGUGUGUGUGUGUGUGUGUGAGAGUGAGAGAGAGUGAGUUGUUGUUGUUGUGUGUGUCUGUCUCCAGGGAAACAGCCUGUUACAGUCUGAACUCAUGACCUUUGACCUCACAGUAGUCACUGACUCUUUGGGCAUCACUGCUCAGUUGUAAAUGAGAUCGACUGUAGCUG